AUGCUCCACUGCAAUCUGUCUCAAGCGCUGUUGGGGCUGUCGAAAUCAGCAAAGGACAAGGAGUUGCCUCCAGUGCCUCUGCCGCGUGAUGAUGUCGAUGCCACUCGCAUCCUAACCGCAAAAACCCUUGGACGCAAAAACUUUAAGCACUUACAGAUCAACUCAUCCCCUGAGAAACUGCUGGGACCGCUACUGGCCCCCGACCCGAGUGCACACGCCGCCACCUCCCCCAUCAUAAACUACGAUGUUUCGCUGCUUCGUCUGAGGCGGCAGCGACCCCCACCCACCCUCAAUUUACAGAAGCGACUGGUGACAAACCCGGAGGUACCGACAAUCCUGAUGGACGCAGUGCCAAAAAUAAGCCCUCAAUUGGUUCUGCGUCCCGCCCAAGACCUCAACUCCCAAUUGCAUAGCCUUCUGUUGGGCGACCAUGGUCUGCGGCGAAAACAAACCGUGAUUCUGUCCAUAUCUCCGAAAAAGCUGACUCUGCUGUCACCAUUGGACCCCCACACGCCACUGGGUUCUGCAAGUCAAAUUCUGGGGUCAGUGCUGGUGCUUCAACUGACCAUGAGCAGUCCCUUGGCCACCAAGCUGCUGUUCAAAAUUGAAAAUAGCAAUGAUCUUAUGUUCCUCAAGGACUUGGGACUGGGCAAUUCUGGUACGGUGCUGAAGGUUGUUCAUUUACCCACCCAAACCACUAUGGCUAAAAAGAUUAUCCCCAUCGAUCCGAAUACAGCAGUUCAAACCCAAAUCAUACGGGAAUUGCGGAUUUUGCAUGAAUGCCACUCACCUUCAAUUAUCGAGUUUUACGGAGCCUUUGUCAAUCGAAACAACAUUGUCAUCUGUAUGGAAUACUGCAAUUGUGGGUCACUUGACAAAAUUUUGCCAUUGUGCAACCCGCAACAAUUUCCCGAUUACGUGCUUCGGAAACUUGCUUACUCAAUGCUUACCGGUCUUGAAUAUCUUUAUACUGCGCAUAAAAUCAUCCACCGUGAUAUCAAGCCGCUGAAUGUUCUCAUGACUCACAGAGGCGAGUUCAAGCUUUGCGAUUUUGGUGUCCUGCGCGAGUUGACGAACUCGCUUGCUCAAGCCGAUACCUUCGUUGGUACCCUGAUGUAUAUGAGUCCCGAGCGCAUUCAAGGGCUUAAGUAUGGGGUAAAACUGGAUGUCUGGCUGAUGGGGUUAAUGCUCAUUGAAUUGGCUCUGGGACAAUCAGUAUGGCGUGACGAAGAUGACGAUGAUGAACAUCGCAUGUCGGGGCCGAACGGUAUUUUAGAUUUGCUUCAGCGGAUCGUCAACGAAACACCCCCUCUGUUGACGGGGAAAAAGAACCCUGUAACCGGUAAGCCUUACGACCCUCAACUAUGUGAGUUCAUCGAUUACGCUAUGGUGAAAGACGAACAGCAACGCAAACUGCCUCGCGAAUUAUUGGCUAAUAAACAUGGGUGGCUUGAUGGUGUCGGAGACGGACUUUACGAUAAGGAUGUCAGGGCUUGGGCCAAAGGCAUCCGCAAAUUGCAUAUUCAGAAGGCUGAAAAGAAGUUGGAAAGUCAACAAGCGCGAUGA